GUUGUGUAAUGGCGGCCUCGGUGUUGCUCUCUGCGGAAAGCACUGUGCAUAGUUUCGCUGUCGGUUGUAGCGCUGUGGCAGUGGCCACCGGGAACGGAUUAUCUGUGCCAGGACCCGCGUCCUGGAACCGGUCGCUGGAGCGGGCGUUUGACGAGGCCUCGGCCACUGGCUGCCUGAAUCUGAGCGGCAGGAAACUGAAGGAGUUCCCGAGGAGCGCCGCCUAUCACGACCUGACCGACACGACCCGGGCCGAUCUGUCGCGUAACAGGUUGUCUGAGUUACCUGUGGAGGUGUGUAUGUUCGUGUCUUUGGAGAAUCUGAACUUGUACCAGAACUGCAUUCGCUCACUACCAGAGAGUCUGGUCAACCUACAGGCCCUGACGUACCUAAACAUCAGUCGGAAUCAGCUGUCCACUCUGCCUGCUCAUCUGUGCAGCUUGCCUCUGAAAGUGCUGAUCGCCUGCAACAACAAACUAGUAUCUCUUCCCGAGGAGCUCGGCCAGCUCAGACAGCUGACUGAACUGGAUGUGAGCUGUAAUGAAAUCCAGACUCUUCCUGCUCAGGUCGGCCAGCUUGAAGCUCUGCGUGACCUAAACAUUCGACGAAACCACCUGGCUCGCUUGCCUCCUGAAUUGGCUGAGCUGCCUCUGGUAAGAUUGGAUUUCUCGUGCAAUAAAGUGACUUCCAUACCAGUAUGUUACCGCAAUCUCCGGCAUCUCCAAAGCAUUGUGCUGGACAACAAUCCCCUUCAGAACCCACCAGCACAGAUCUGCAUCAAGGGGAAGAUCCAUAUAUUUAAGUACCUGAACAUAGAGGCAUGUAAAAUAGCACCAGAACUAUCAGACUAUGACAGAAGGCCACUGGGCUUUGGUUCUUGUGUUGAGGAGCUUUAUCCUGGCCGGCCGUAUGGAGCUCUGGACUCCGGGUUUAACAGUGUGGACAGUGGCGACAAGAGGUGGUCAGGCAACGAACCAUCUGAUGAGUUAUCAGACCUCCCAGUAAGAGUGGCCGAAUUAACCAAGGAGCAAAGACAAAGAAAGGAGAGGGAGCGGGAUGAGCACAAACCAGGUUCCCUACUGGCAAAUGGAAUAUUGGAGGCAGAGCUUGACCAGAUAGACUUUAUUGACAGCUGUACAGGAGAGGAAGAUGAAGAAGAUGGGCGAAGUCGAGGACAGGAACCAGUCAGCCUCAGCUCCCAGUUUAUGGCCUACAUCGAAAAAAGAAUUACAAGAGAGGGUUCACCAAUCAAAGCAGGUUCAUCCAGAGAUGCAAGAACAGACGAAUCAAGAAGAAUUGGCUCUUUACACAACCGAAGUGCAGCAGAUCCAGGCAACACGCUGACAUCUCCUACUCAUAGCCAGCGAUUAUCGGGCGCUGGGGUGGAGCGCAUGCGACGUGAGGCGCAGCUUGCUGCCCAGCGGUACGAAGAGGAGAGACAGAGAGCAAGAGUCACACAAAAAGAUCCUGUCAGGAGUUACGUGAAGCAGAAAUCAACGCAGAGUCCCAGUAAGCACAGUCCCACAGAUAGUGAGAACCUGUACCCAUCUAGACGUUCUACUCAUACAGAUGACUCCGCCCUGUUUAUGCAAGGGGAAGAUCGUUCCUCACUUUCACCAGCAACCCGGCAGUCUCCCUCUCAUUCCACCUCUUUUGGCUCACCUUCAAGCCAAGGAUCCAGUCCUCGUCCCGACAGCUUUCUCUUCCGCCUCAGUCAAAGAGAAGAGAAGAAACGAGAAGCAACACAGGCAAAGAAGCUCGAGUCUGAAAACGCAACCCCUACAUCAUCACCAGCUCAAGCUCCCGCAGGAGAGGAAACAGAACUGGUGGAACAGCUCAGAAAGAGCAUCGAGUCUCGGCUGAAACUGACAUUGCCUGCUGAUCUGGGGGCAGCGCUGACGGACGGGGUGGUGUUAUGUCAUCUGGCCAAUCAUGUACGGCCUCGCUCAGUACCAAGCAUCCACGUGCCCUCACCUGCAGUGCCCAAACUGACGAUGGCUAAAUGUCGACGGAAUGUGGAGAACUUUUUGGAGGCAUGUCGCAAAAUUGGUGUUCCACAGAGCCAGCUUUGUCUUCCCCUCCACAUCCUGGAGGAGCAGGGUUUGGAGCAGGUGGCCGGGACUGUGCGUGCCCUGCUGGAGCUGGCGCCCCCCAAGAAUGUUUCCUCUCCAUCCACCACCACUGUCGUUACCAUAUAGGACGCACGUACAUGGGGACACAAAGCGGGCACAAUCCAGACUGUACUGCUUUAUUUGGGCUCAUGAGAGACUGAGACCUAAAAGGGGGUUCUAGGUUAAUAAGUCUUUAUCUGACUACAUUUCUAACCAUGCAGUCUGUAAAGAGACCACAGCGCAGGCAGAUCUUUCAUGAGAUAUCACACAGAGGAACGGUUGCUGUAUUAAACAAAAAGAUACUGACACAUCACAUCGAAACAGAAAACUUUAUCUGAGAGGAUUUUUUUUCUGUUAUUUUUAAAGCUGAGUUGUCUUUCACACUCUUUUAAUGAUUAUUUUGCACCUAUAAAUAUUAUUAUUAUUAUUAUAAUUAUUAUCUGACUCUGGCACGUCAGGUCCUAUUCAUCAGAUAUAUUGGAGUUUAUAUAUAUCUAUAUAGUGUUCACAUAUGUCGGCACUGUCAACUCAAUGCUGCGUCGGAUUAAAAGCUGGUUUAAGUCGGUUACACUAAUAAUAGCAGAAGUUAUACUUGCCACCUGACUAUGCAAACAGAUGGGUGACAUAUUAAAGGAAAAACUAUUUAAAAAUGCUGUCGGGCCAGCAUGUACUGCCAGAACUCUAAUAUUUAAUCAGGUCUAAAUCCCCUUAUUAUUCUCAUACUCUCAUACAAGCCAGUUAGUUUUAUCAUGCGUGUACUGUAAAUGGAGGCAGUGUUGAUCUGGAAAAUACCACUUCCAUCAGGAUAGAAAUGCCCUGUCACAUGAUCAUUGUAUCUUUGUAUUGGUUUGCAGUCACCAUACAGCAUUCCUGUCUGAAGACAUCAUUUAUGCAGGUAUUUUUUUGCAUUGUGCAUCUAAAGGACUAAGAUCAAAUUGGUCUUUAUUAGUUUGGCUUGUAGGGUUAAAGGGGUAAAACUAUCAAAACAAGCACAAACGCUAAAAGAGCUCAGGCAACAACUUUCAGAUGUCUCAGGUCAUCACCUUGCAUCGUUCGGGCUUUUAUGCCAUUGGUGAGAAGCGCCCCUCAUUGGCUCCAGUCUUCACUGACACACUCUGGGCAUCAGGUUUUUUUUCCAUAACUGCCACUGACAAACUAAGGGUUAUUUCCUAACACAAAUAAUAUAAUCAAAAUUUUUCAAUAAUAAUUUCAGUCAGACAAGUUGCACAUUGUGAUUCAUGGCCAGCCCGUGCUUAGGUUUUGGUGGCAGUUCAAAUUUUAGAGCUCAAUUCUGAGAAGACACACAGUAAUGAACGUAGGGUAUGCAGGUAAACGCAGCUGCUGCUGUUUCGAGAAUGCAUAGCUAAAAGCAAGGAUAACUCCAUCUUUAGACUAGUGCAGCAAAGCUAAAAGCUGGACAUCUGUCGAAGGAUUUAGAUCCACACAAGGGCAUGUUGCACAACCUUAUUAGAAAUGUAGGUGUAUAGCAACAGGGUGACGCUGUUUCCAAAGCUGUACGUAUAGAGACCUAAUAUAGAUGACCUACUAUUCUAUCACUUCCUAAUUAUGUUUAAUAUAGAAUGAUAACUACAAUAAGGCACUAUUGCAGUAAGGGGACUAGAUAUCAACACUGUUAAAAGAGAAACACUUUUAUAUACAGUCUUGUCUUGCAGUCUAUCUGUUUGUCUAUCUGAACUUUAUAAAAAGGCUUGCUGGAGAAAUGCAUGUUACUUUAUUGUUAUUGUUAUAGUUUGAGUUAUGCUUGGUGCACAAUAUGUAAUACAGGGCCAUUGUUUUUGGCAGGGAGGAGGGGAGGUACCCAGUGUUUACCCUGGUUGGCUCUGGAACCACCACAACCCUGACAUGAGUUACUUAUAUGUCUAGUGUAUGUGCAGAAUUACACUAUGGUUGUGUUGUAUUUUUAAAGACGCACAAAUUCAACACAAAAAUUAAUCAAUAAUCUGACAGCGUGUAUGACAUUCGUAAUCAAAAUGGAUUUAUAAUUUCUUGAAGCUGGAAGCAUAAAGAUGAUGACACGGCUCAAAUAGAAGCCAAGCGCAAAAUCUUAGUCUGUGUCCCAAACGGCCAAAUUAAACACAUGGCUAAGGGUGACAUUGCUAUUUCUGCCAUACAGUUGAAUAGGUAUUCUAAAGCUGGGGACACAGCCCUUGUUGAAGCAACACUGGCAGCAGUGCUGCUGUUCCCUUGCUUCGUAUGUGCUUGAACACAAUGCAGUGAGGUUUGGUAACUACACCCAAAAAUAUCAGGACAGUAUAACAAACACCCUAGUAAUAUACUCCUGAUAAUACUCUCCUAAGCCAGUAUCAAUUCUGGCGCUACGGCAGUGUGCUCAGAUUCUGUCUUAGCAUUUUAAGCGUAGUCAAUUUGUCUUCCGCUGCUGGAGACUCCGAUCGUGUCCGAGGAGGGUUUGCCUGCCUCACGCUCCCUCAGACGCAUAACGGUCCACCACCUUUCUUAUUCGAAUUCACGCUGGGAGAGCCACGUCCUGAUCUCCGGGCACCUCCACUUUCGGGCACCCAGCGGACCGGUAGCAGUGCUGAGUUUUGCACUCGGGGUGUUCAGAAUCCCAGCACUGGUGUGCUAGUGGAUUAUCCAACUAUACAAUUUUUGUGCAAUUGAAUAACCGUAUAGCCCUAGUCUGCGAAAACUAGUGUAGUGUCAGCACGCCUGUUCUGUCAAGAAGCAGUUGCAUUGUAGUACGAGUGGCAUCACAGUUCUUGGUUGUGAAAGUCAUGUAUUGUGCACUACGCUUAACAGACCAUGUAUGAUUAAACUACUAGAGCUAUAAUGGGGAGGGAGGUUGGAAAGCACACAUGGUGCUAGAUGCUAGGGCUAUAGCCACUCUUGCAUGGCUUGCUCGUUUUUAGACGUGAUAAGAAGCUGUACGUUUGAGCACACUACAUUUGUAUGUUCUUUCAGGUGCCUAAGCCUCACUGUUGAGUAAAAGGAAUGAUGUAAUAUGCUAUAUACAUACACACAUAUACGUACAUAUAUACACACGCACGAUCAGUGAUGUGCGGGCUGGUGGUGGAGUGAUCCGAGGCACUGUAGGGUUCACCUCACAUUGAAUUACAAAUAUAGCAAACAGGUCAGUGCACUAAAGCUUGCUCUGGAUAAAAGUUUGAAAGAGAAUACACCUUAUAAAAGACCCUUUUUAGACUUUUGUGUUUUUAAACAGGGAGGUUAAACAUUAAGUGUAGAAUAAAGAUUUUAAGUCUAAUAUUAUAAUUUUUUGUGUAUGUAUUUUUAUGUUUUAUUUUGACUAGGAUACUCCCCAGCAGAAAUGAUGUCUAUAGCCUUCAGCAGGGUUUUCACCUGCGUGUCUGUACAGUAAAUUAAUACAUUCCAAAUGUUUACAAGUAUGUACCGCUGGCCACAAGCAUGAGACUAUGCACUACAUACUUUAAUCAGACAGCUUGGACUUACUAGACACUCAACUUUAGCUUUUUUAUGAGUUUUUUUACAGCAUUAUUCACAACUGUCCCUUCAAAGCUUUUUACUGUAAUUUUAUUAAGGUUAGUAAAAUAUUCCAUAUUUUCUGAAAUGAACAUUUGGAUUUAUUGUAAAAUGAAUGGAUGAAUAAAUAAAGGUCAAAUUUCAA